AUGCCGCACAGCAACACCACAUGGUCACCGGAAAAGGACAUCGAGUCUUUGAAGGGAAAGUCAAUUCUCAUCACUGGUGGCAGCAACGGCCUAGGAAGACAAUCUGCUUUGGACCUAGCGAGACACCAACCCACAGAAAUAUGGCUUGCAGCCCGUAGUGCGUCAAGAGCCGAAGCCGUCAUCGAUGAAAUCAAGCGACUGGAUCCUUCUGUGUCCGUCAAAUUUCUUCCACUCGACUUGACUUCCUUCUCAUCUAUCCGAGAGGCCGCUCGCAUCUUCUUGGCAUCCGCCACUCGUCUCGACAUCCUCCUCUUGAACGCCGGCGUCAUGAAUGUGCCUGUCGGCAGUGUGACCAAGGAAGGAUACGAGAUGCACUUCGGUACCAAUCACGUCGGCCAUGCCCUCCUCGUCAAGCUUCUGACUCCCCUAUUGCGCCAAACUGCACUGAGCAGCGAGGUCCGAGUUGUCCUGGUCAGCUCUGUGGCGCACAAGUUUGGUCCGUCGGGAGGGCUGCAGUUCGAUAGCUUCAAGCCAAAGACAGGUAACACCGGACUCUCUCCCAACGCUCUCUAUGGCCAAAGUAAACUUGCGAACCUGCUGUUCGCGCGUGAGAUGGCUCGCCGAUGCCCCGAGUGGACUAGUGUCUCGAUCCAUCCAGGAACCGUCAAGACGGAUCUGCAACGUUCAGAGAGUGGGCCAUUUCUGAUCAAGGCGUUCCAGGCAGUUGUGGUGCCUCUGAUCGGAGUUAGUGUAGAAGAAGGGGCGAAGAACCAGUUGUGGGCCGCCACCGCAGAUGGCGUUCUGAAUGGGGAGUACUAUGUACCUGUUGGUGUUCCAGGGAAAGGCAGCGCACUUUUAAAAGACGAGGAGCUCGCAAGAAAGUUGUGGGAUUGGACGGAAGCAGAGCUUAGAGGUAUUGCGCCUUGA